UGUCCGCAGUCUCUGUCAUCUCCUAGGUACUGUGUCCGCACUCUCUGGUCAUCUCCUGUACUGUGUCUGCACUCUCUGGUCAUCUCCUGUUACUGUGUCCCGCAAUCUCUGUCAUCUCCUGUAACUGGUGUCCGCAGUCUCGGGUUCAUCUCCUGUACUGUGUCCGCAGUCUCUGGUCAUUGCUCCUGUACUGUGAUCCGCAGUCUCUGUUCAUCUCCUGUACGAUGUCCUAGCAGUCUCUGGGUCAUAUUCCUCCUUACUUGUCCGCAGUCUCAGGUCAUUUCCAGUGGUUCAGUAAUAUUUUUGUCGUCCUGUUUUUCUCCUCUA